UCUAUAAUCGUUUUCGAUUCCUUUUGAAAUUGUUGCUUUCUUCUAUUAUUGUGAAGGGAAAUCUGUUCAGACCAUCACUUCUUACUCAUUUUACGACAUUGGACCAGGACGAUGGGAGUGCUUCAGCGAUUGGACUCUGCCCUCGACUUUGAGGGGAUUGGCAUCCCUACGUCUGUCCUAGCCAGCUUCCUGGGCUGGUUCUCCCUCUACUGUGUCCUGUGCUUGACCAACUCCAAACGAAGCUAUGAGUGGCAUUGUCGGGUGGUCACCAGUGUGCAUGCGAUCAUCAUCUCAACGCUAAGCUACAUCUUUGGGAUGUACUACAAUCCCUGGUUCAUUACAAAUCCAGCUGGACGAAACAACAAUCUCGAGAUACUGACCCUCGUGAUCUGUAUGGGGUAUUUCCUCUUUGAUUUCUGCUGGUGUAUCUGGUUCCAAGAGGAAUUCUUCAUGAUCAUACAUCAUUUCUUGACCCUCGUCUGCAUCACCGCCUCGCUCAUCAUGGGGAUAUCGGGCACGGAGGUCGGAGCGGCCAUCUUUGGGUCGGAGGUCAGCAAUCCCAUGUUGCAGGCGAGAUACUUCAUGCGUGAGACCGGCCGCACCAAGACCCUGGUCUAUGAAAUAAACGACCUUGCCUUCAUCGUGACGUUCUUCAUUUGCCGUAUGGGGAUCGGUUCCUUCUUCCUCUACUCCUAUCUCCGGCACCCCACGCCCCUCUUAAUCUUCCGGAUUGGCUCCGUGGGGCUGUACAUCGUCAGCUUAAUCUUCAUGUACAGUAUAGCUCGCUUUGCAGUCAGGAAGUAUAGGAAUUUCUUCAUGAGAUUGGUACGGGCAGAGAGGAAGGAAGGAGCCAAGAUGACGAACGGGAAUGCCCCUAAAGAGGUCAUUGGAGCUCAGGUCACAGGGGUCACAGAAGGUCAGGUCACAAGGGUCACUGAAGGUCGGGUCACAGGGGUCACGGAAGGUCGGGUCACAGGGGUCACGGAAGGUCAGGUCAAAGGGGUCACUAAAGGUCAGGUCAAAGGGGUCACGGAAGGUCGGGGGAACGGGCAUGCCAACAAUCAUGAGCAUACAGAUUAGUAUUUAUAUGGAUCAAUUCUUUGGCAUUGCUCAAUGUGCAAUGGUAGAAAAAACAAGGCAUACUGUGUGUGUUUUGUGUUGAGAACCACAAAGGCAUUAAAGUGUACCAAAUUACCAAUCACCCAAAAUAAAUUAUGUUUUAUAUGUCAGUCCAUGUUGUAGUUCAAUGCCUAAUUUCAAAAUAUGGGUUUCAAAAGGUAUUUCUGUAAAGAGAUAUUGCAAAUCUAAAUACAUUCAUGGCUAAAAAUACAGUGGUUUAUGAGUACACUACUCGGGGCACUGUACACACUUGCAAGAAAUAGUGCCCGGUUCCCCG